CAAGCGCUACAGGUAGGUUAACAUUCACGGUCUGUCGCAUUUGGUGCUCCUGUGCGCUCUCCGUCGCGGCUCCAGCAUCGAAACCGUACGUUAACGAUAAAAUGUCCGAAGAUUUGUGACUGGUGAUCGUGGGUGAUUCAACCGAGUGUUCGGUUUAUCAAGUGAUUGUGAUAUGACGACGGGCGCUGGCAUUUGAUCGUGCGACUCAGUGGAUCUUAACGAUCGAGCCGGUGACCACAUGUCGGCGCCAUCAUGGUGAUCGUUACCAGAGGUGAUUACAUAUGGAUCGAGCCGGUGUCAGGGCGCGAGUUCGACGUCGCCAUCGGAGCACGCGUGCUCGCCGCGGAGGGGCGGCGCAUACGCGUGCGCGACGACGAUGGCAACGAACAAUGGCUCCCGCCGGAGAGACGCAUCAAGGCGAUGCAUGCCACCUCAGUGCAUGGCGUCGAGGACAUGAUCUCCUUGGGCGAUCUUCACGAAGCCGGUAUACUGAGGAAUCUGCUCAUCCGAUACAAUGACAACCUCAUUUAUACGUAUACGGGUUCAAUAUUGGUGGCCGUGAAUCCCUACCAAAUAUUACCAAUUUAUACAGCAGACCAAAUCAAGUUAUAUAAGGAGAGGAAGAUAGGUGAACUACCCCCACAUAUCUUUGCCAUCGGUGAUAAUGCUUACGCGCACAUGCGUCGGUACGGGCAGGAUCAAUGCAUUGUUAUCAGCGGGGAAUCGGGCGCGGGGAAGACUGAAUCAACAAAGUUAAUUUUGCAAUACCUCGCCGCUAUUAGUGGAAAACAUUCUUGGAUAGAACAACAGAUUUUAGAGGCGAAUCCAAUUCUAGAAGCUUUUGGUAACGCUAAAACCGUGCGGAACGAUAAUUCGUCGCGUUUUGGUAAAUAUAUCGACAUCCACUUUAACAACAACGGUGUCAUCGAAGGAGCUAAAAUAGAACAAUAUUUAUUAGAAAAGUCUAGGAUAGUAUCCCAAGGGACUGAUGAGAGAAAUUAUCACGUAUUUUAUUGUUUGCUGGCGGGUUUAUCGAGAGAAGAAAAGAAGAAAUUAGAGUUAACGGAACCAUCAGAGUACCGCUAUUUAUCUGGGGGUGGCAGCUUCACUUGCGAAGGUAGAGAUGACGCCGCCGAAUUUGCAGAUAUCCGCUCUGCGAUGAAAGUGCUAUUGUUUACCGAAGCAGAAAUAUGGGAAAUAUUAAAACUGCUUGCAGCAGUAUUACAUACCGGAAAUAUAAAAUACGAGGCAACUGUAGUUGAUAAUUUAGAUGCAACAGAAAUUAUAGAACAAGCAAACGUUAAGAGGGUUGCGCAUCUAUUGGGGGUACCAACACAGUCUCUUAUUGAUGCCCUAACUAGAAAAACUUUAUUUGCUCAUGGAGAAACAGUUGUGUCUACGCUAAGCAGGGACCAGUCGGUUGAUAUUAGGGAUGCUUUUGUUAAAGGUAUUUAUGGACGUUUGUUCGUGACUAUCGUGAGAAAAAUUAAUGCUGCAAUUUAUAAACCCAAAUCCACAACACGAACGGCUAUCGGUGUACUCGAUAUAUUCGGUUUUGAAAACUUUGAUAUAAAUAGUUUUGAACAAUUUUGUAUUAAUUUUGCUAAUGAAAAUCUUCAACAGUUCUUUGUAAGACACAUAUUUAAGUUAGAGCAGGAGGAAUACAAUCACGAGGGAAUCAAUUGGCAACACAUAGAAUUCGUUGACAACCAAGACGCUCUAGAUCUGAUUGCUUUAAAACAGUUAAACAUAAUGGCGUUAAUAGACGAAGAAUCCAAAUUUCCGAAAGGUACAGAUCAAACUAUGUUAGCGAAGUUACAUAAAACGCAUGGCUCACAUAGAAACUACCUCAAACCUAAGUCAGAUAUAAACACAAGCUUUGGUCUGAAUCAUUUUGCUGGUAUCGUAUUUUACGACACACGAGGUUUCCUGGAAAAAAAUCGUGACACGUUUAGUGCUGACUUAUUACAGUUGAUUCACAUUUCAACAAAUAAGUUUCUACAGCAAAUAUUUCAAGAAGACAUAAUCAUGGGGUCGGAAACGCGCAAACGAACUCCAACAUUAUCAACACAAUUUAAAAAAUCAUUAGACUUACUCAUGAGAACUUUAGGAACUUGUCAACCGUUCUUCAUACGAUGCAUCAAACCCAAUGAGUUUAAAAAACCCAUGAUGUUCGAUCGAGGGUUGUGCUGCAGACAGUUGAGAUAUUCUGGAAUGAUGGAAACUAUUAGAAUCAGAAGAGCUGGGUAUCCAAUCAGGCAUAGUUUUAAGGAAUUUGUUGAAAGGUAUAGAUUUCUGAUAUCGGGAGUACCGCCUGCCCACAAAACCGAAUGUCGGGCUGCAACUGCAAAAAUUUGUGCAACUGUCCUCGGCAAAUCUGAUUACCAGCUAGGUCACACCAAAGUAUUUUUGAAAGAUGCUCAUGAUUUAUUCCUCGAACAAGAAAGAGAUAGAGUGCUCACUCGAAAGAUACUAAUAUUACAAAGAUCUAUUCGCGGAUGGGUGUAUAGGAGACGCUUUUUAAAAAUGAGAGCUGCCGCUAUUUUAAUACAACGUCACUGGAGAGGAAAAUUACAAAGAAUUCGUUACAACAAAAUGAAGGUUGGAUACGCGAGAUUGCAAGCACUUAUUCGCGCUAGAGUUUUGGCUCAUCGGUUUAGACAUUUACGCGGACAUAUAGUUUCACUACAAGCAGCCGCUCGUGGUUAUCUGGUCCGACGCUCAUACGGUCACAAGAUGUGGGCGAUAGUAAAGAUACAGAGCCACGUAAGGCGUCUAAUUGCAAUGCGCCGUUACCGAAGACUGAAGCAAGAGGCCAAAGCACACAACGAGGCGUUGCGCUUGCGCAGACAGGAGGAGCAGCGCUUGCAGCACCAGGGGAACACGCGCGCUAAGGAGAUCGCGGAGCAGAAUUACAGGGAACGUAUGUAUGAACUGGAGAGGCGUGAAGCUGAAUUAGUUCAAGAGGAAAAACGGCAACUAGAAGCUAAAAGAACGUUACUACAAGAGGCAGCUCGUAAACAAGAUGAGCCAGUAGAUGACAGUAAAUUAGUGGAAGCCAUGUUCGAUUUUCUCCCCGACUCUAGCAGUGAAGCACCUGCUCCUAAAGAUACAUCCGUAUUUAGCGAUCUACCACAACAGAGAGCCGAUCAACAAGAGAUGGUGACACCAAUGCAAACAACCUCAGAAGAUGAAGAGGAUCUAUCAGAGUUUAAGUUCCAAAAGUUUGCAGCUACAUAUUUCCAGGGCAAUGUCACACAUCAGUAUUCUAGAAAACCUUUAAAACAUCCGUUAUUACCAUUACAUACACAAGGAGAUCAAUUGGCGGCCCAAGCGUUAUGGAUUACAAUUCUGCGUUUCACUGGAGACUUACCGGAGCCAAGAUAUCAUACAAUGGAUAGAGAUAACACAUCAGUAAUGUCUAAAGUUACUGCGACACUUGGCCGAAAUUUCAUAAGGUCCAAAGAAUUCCAGGAAGCGCAAAUGAUGGGCGUCGACCCUGAUGCGUAUAUGAACAAACAAAAACCGAGAUCCAUUAGGCAUAAGCUGGUUUCAUUAACUUUAAAGAGAAAAAAUAAACUUGGAGAAGACGUCAGAAGAAAGUUACAGGAUGAAGAAUAUACAGCUGAUAGUUAUCAGUCAUGGUUAGAAUCUCGACCAACGUCGAAUUUAGAAAAACUUCAUUUUAUUAUAGGUCAUGGUAUCUUACGAGCGGAAUUGAGGGAUGAAAUAUAUUGCCAAAUAUGCAAGCAAUUAACAAACAAUCCAUCUAAAUCGUCUCAUGCUCGUGGCUGGAUUUUACUUUCAUUAUGCGUUGGUUGUUUCGCUCCUAGUGAAAAGUUCGUGAAUUACCUUAGAGCCUUUAUUAGAGAAGGCCCUCCUGGUUAUGCACCGUAUUGUGAAGACCGACUUAAAAGAACAUUCAACAAUGGAACAAGGAAUCAGCCACCAUCGUGGCUAGAACUUCAAGCUACAAAAUCUAAAAAACCUAUAAUGUUACCCAUUACGUUCAUGGAUGGCAAUACCAAGACAUUAUUAGCUGACUCGGCGACGACCGCAAGAGAACUUUGUAAUCAGCUAUCGGAUAAAAUUGGUCUUCGUGAUCAAUUUGGUUUUUCAUUAUAUAUUGCAUUGUUUGAUAAAGUAAGUUCACUCGGCAGUGGCGGUGACCACGUUAUGGAUGCCAUAUCACAGUGUGAGCAGUAUGCGAAAGAACAGGGUGCACAAGAACGAAAUGCUCCAUGGAGGUUGUUCUUCCGAAAAGAAAUAUUCGCUCCAUGGCAUGAUCCUACGGAAGAUCAAGUAGCAACAAAUCUUAUUUAUCAGCAAGUUGUUAGAGGUGUAAAAUUUGGAGAAUAUAGAUGUGAUAAGGAAGAAGAUUUAGCAAUGAUCGCUGCUCAGCAGUAUUAUAUUGAGUACGGCCAAGACAUGAACUCAGAACGACUUUAUACUCUAUUGCCAAAUUACAUUCCCGAUUAUUGUUUGACUGGAGUCGAAAAGGCAGUUGAUCGAUGGGGUGCUCUAGUAGUUACAGCGUAUAAAAAAAGUUACUAUGUGAAAGAAAAAGUUCCUGCAUAUAGAGUUAAAGAAGACGUAGUUAGUUAUGCGAAGUUCAAAUGGCCUUUACUCUUUUCUAGAUUUUAUGAAGCCUACAGAAAUUCGGGACCAAACUUACCUAAGAACGAUGUGAUUAUAGCAGUUAAUUGGACCGGUGUGUAUGUUGUCGACGAUCAAGAGCAGGUUCUGCUUGAGCUGUCAUUCCCUGAAAUAACAACGGUUUCAAGUCAGAAGACUAAUAAAGUAUUUACACAAACAUUUAGUUUAUCUACGGUGCGUGGUGAAGAGUUCACGUUCCAAAGUCCUAAUGCUGAAGAUAUUCGUGAUUUGGUUGUCUAUUUCUUAGAAGGCUUAAAGAAAAGAUCUAAAUUUGUUAUUGCGUUACAAGAUUAUAAAGCACCUGGAGAAGGUUCUAGUUUUUUGACUUUCCUAAAGGGAGACCUGAUAGUUCUAGAAGAAGAUAGUACAGGCGAAUCAGUUCUAAAUAAUGGGUGGUGUAUUGGUCGUUGUGAAAGAUCUAUGGAGAGAGGUGAUUUUCCUGCCGAAACUGUUUACGUAUUACCUGCCUUAAGUAAGCCACCACCGGAUAUAUUAGCAUUAUUCUGUCAAGAGGGGGCACAACACGGAAGACGAGCUCCCACGAGUACAUUUAAUGGUACAGAAUCAAGAGAUAAACCUCAUAAUUUGCUAGAAUACGCUUUGGACCAUUUUAGAUUACCACCAAAAAGAACAACGUCGAAAGCUCUUACACUGUCAACGGCGAAGCGGGGUGCUGAAGAAUUAUGGAGACAUGCAAGAGAGCCUAUCAAACAACCAUUACUUAAAAAAUUACAAGCCAAAGAGGAAUUAGCUGAAGAAGCUUGUUUCGCCUUUACAGCCAUACUCAAGUAUAUGGGAGAUCUUCCUUCGAAACGACCUCGUAUUGGUAACGAAUACACAGACCACAUUUUUGAUGGCCCACUUAAACAUGAAAUCUUACGGGACGAAAUUUACUGUCAGGUAAUGAAACAACUCACGGACAACAGAAAUAGAAUGUCAGAAGAAAGAGGUUGGGAGUUAAUGUGGCUGGCCACAGGGCUAUUCGCGUGUAGUCAAGGUCUACUGAGGGAAUUAACAUUGUUCCUCAGGACUAGAAGAUAUCCAAUUGCCCAAGAUUCGUUACAAAGACUUCAGAAAACAUUACGGAACGGACAAAGGAAAUAUCCUCCUCAUCAAGUCGAAGUGGAAGCAAUACAACACAAAACCACUCAGAUAUUCCACAAAGUCUAUUUCCCAGAUGAUACAGACGAGGCGUUUGAAGUCGAUUCAUCCACGAGAGCAAAAGACUUUUGUCAAAACAUCGCGCAAAGAUUAAAUCUUAGAUCUAGUGAAGGCUUUAGUUUGUUUGUUAAAAUAGCGGAUAAGGUGAUAUCUGUACCGGAGGGCGAUUUCUUCUUCGACUUUGUUCGUCAUCUCACUGAUUGGAUUAAAAAAGCACGACCGACAAGAGACGGCAUCACUCCUCAAUUCACGUACCAGGUGUUCUUCAUGAAGAAACUCUGGACAAAUACGGUGCCUGGCAAGGACCGCGCGGCGGACGUUAUCUUCCACUUCCACCAAGAGCUGCCCAAGCUGCUUCGCGGCUACCACCGCUGCGGGCGCGACGAGGCCGCCAGGCUCGCCGCUCUCGCCUACCGCGCUCGGUUCGGAGAAAACAAGCAGGAACUGCAGGCAAUUCCACAAAUGCUUCGUGAAUUGAUCCCAGCGGAUCUGAUUAAACUCCAAAGCUCAGCAGACUGGAAACGAGCGAUCGUAGCCUCCUACAACCAGGACGCUGGAAUGACGCCAGAGGACGCCAAGAUCACUUUCCUCAAGGUCAUAUACCGGUGGCCGACGUUCGGUUCCGCAUUUUUCGAAGUGAAGCAGACCACGGAACCGAAUUAUCCAGAACUGCUACUCAUUGCCAUCAACAAGCACGGUGUCAGCUUAAUACACCCUCAGUCAAAGGAUAUUCUGGUCACACAUCCGUUUACAAGGAUUUCGAAUUGGUCAUCUGGCAACACAUACUUUCACAUGACCAUCGGUAACCUCGUUCGAGGUUCGAAACUCCUCUGUGAGACAUCGCUCGGAUACAAAAUGGACGAUUUACUAACAUCGUAUAUCUCCCUCAUGCUUACUAACAUGAAUAAACAACGAUCCAUGCGAGUAAAAUAAAUAAAUUAUUGAGGAUCUCGACCGAUAAAAAAUACGUAUCAAAUUGAACUGUUAUUUUUUUAACGCGUAGUGAUAAGUUCUCUCGCUUUUUGGCGGAAUAUUUAAUAUCUGUGGUUGCUUGAAUAAAUUUAUCGUUUAGUGCUACGGAGUGUGUGCGAUACAAAUUAAAAUUUAAACGAUAUUAAAAAUCGCAUUUCAAUAUAUACACAUCACAUUGUAUACCAGUUAAUUUCUUUAAAAAAAUAGUACCGCUUAUGCGUAACAUCAAUUUAUACUGUGUCUAACGAAUUAUAUGAAAAAUAUACUUCUUAUAAAUAAUCCGUCCAGAAUGAGAUAUAUCUUUUUAAAAAAUAAUAAUAUAUUACAAAAUUAUUACAAUACCUAACUUUUUUAUCGAACGUAUUAACGAUUUUAAUUUUAGUACAAUAUUUUUGAUAUUAACGAUAUAAACAAAUUUAGAAAAUAAUAUUUAAGUUAUACGAUAUAGGACAUGUACACGUUUCUGAGAUAAAGCGGAAACAUUUCGUCCUAUAUCUCGAGUUAUAUAUAUAUAAUAACCCAUUUUUCUCGUAUUAUGCGAUAUUGUGUAUAUUAAUAUAAGGAAUGAUCUGUUAUUUCUACUCUAUAAUCGGUUAUGGUUGAAUUACGUGAAUAUUUGAAUUUAGUUUUGAUGUCUGGAAGUGGCAUAACUACAUAUAACAUGGCCCCCAAAUUAUUUUAUGAUUCGUAAAAAAUGUUGCUGAUAUUUUCAGUAAGCAUUUCUUGGAAACACCGAUUUUUUUGUAUAACUGCGUGCUUAUGAGAAGGCCCUCUGAUUUAGAGGGACGUGGGGCUUUGUUAUUGUACUAGUAAAACCACUAAAACGUUUGCUGACGUACCAUUGUACUUUUUUUUUUUUUAAUUAAACGAUGAAUUUUCGGACAAAAAUGAUUAAAAAUAUAUUUUGAAUGAAAUGCUUAAAAGGUUCCCGUGUAAUUGAUUUCAGCUACAAAAUAUCAAUAAAACUGUAAUCUGAGGUUGUUUAUGAAACCGCCUUAACAAAGACAUUUAUAAAUUGAUUUCUUAUUAACGCUAUUUAUAAUGCUAUUCACUUACAACUUACCAGCAUAAACAAAUUAUAUUUAUUUGUAUUAGCUAAGAAAUAUAUAUUGUAAAAUUAUCGAUGUUAUGCCAUGAGUUCGGAGACAAUAUUCCUUUGUUUUAUAUUUUGCUUAAAAAUAAAAGUGGUAUUUGUGAGUGGUUGUAAACAUGAGUCACAAUGA